AUGUCCCUGGAGGACACGGUGGAGAUGCUUUUGAAGGGAGAGGGACUGGAAGUGACCGAGCUUCACUUCGCUCCUGAACAGAAGAAGCCAGUCACACGCAAAAACACAUGCUUUGCUGUCUGUGCGGUCAUCUUCAACUCUAAGAACGAGGUGUUGAUGAUUCAGGAGCCAAAGGCAGUGUGUCUUGGUUCAUGGUAUCUCCCUGCAGGUCGUAUGGAAGAUGGUGAAAGUAUUGAAGAAGCCCUAAAGAGAGAGGUGAAAGAGGAGGCGGGAAUAGACUGUCAGCCAAUCACAAUGCUGCAGAUUCAAGAAAAAGGGCCAAGCUGGAUCCGCUUUGCUUUUCUAGCAGAGAAAACAGGGGGCUCUCUGAAGACGCCAGAAGAAGCAAACGCUGACUCGCUGCAAGCUCAGUGGUACGAUCGCGAAUCUCUGCCUAAGAAUAUCCGUAAACGUGACAUUCUCACCCUCAUUGAUGCUGGGAUAAGAUAUCGCCAAAGUCCCUGGUUCUCAGAGUUACUGCCUGUCGACUUUCCCUGUGACGUCGUCUGCCAAAGGCUUCUUCUCGCAUUCACCUCCAGAGACGCUAACCCUGAAAACGGUGAUGAAGAACACGUAUGGCUGUUGCUGAGUAAAGACUCCCAACUUCCUGUUGCGGCCUCCAUCGAAGCACAAACUCUCGCAUUCACAGCAAAAAAGCUGGUUAAGUAUUGCAUGCCCUCCAUUUAUGAGCAGCUAAGCGUGAACACCUGUGGGAUUCUGGGAGUGCAGCACAACGGGAGAGCUCCCGGCCAAACCGAUGGAGUCUGUUUAAACACUUUCGUGCAGCUGGAGUAUAAAGAGGAAGAGGAGGAAAUCAGUCUCAGCAGUCCACCCAAACCAGAGAAUGCUGGUUUCAGAUGGCAUGAAGUGACCAAUCAGAGCCUGAGGACUGAGAUACUGCAGAAGAUUCAGGAAGGCUCUGUCCUGCCUGUUCAAAGCAUAUGAAUGGGAACAGAUUAGCUUCUCCUGGAUUCUUUACUGAAGACAUUUAACACACAUGGUGCUGUGAAGUAUAUUUUUGCUCUGGCUACGGUUUUAUUACAGCAACUUUACCUUAACUAUGUCCCUUUCAGCAUUAAUGCUGGCUUACACCAAGUACGAUAACUGUAACGUAACGAUAAUAGUUUUAAAAAUUAGUUAAAUUCUAAAUCUAAAAGAAUAGAGGCAUCCACACCACAACUAUAACAAUGGCACAGAAGAAUUACAUAAUUUUAAUCACUUUCUAAACAACUUUU